AUGGCGUGUUUGCUAGCUAGCGGCAGCACAACAAUGUUUUCUUUACCUCGACGAGCCGGACACCGCUCAUGGAUGCGCUUUUUACUGCUGGGGAUUUAUCUAUCGUCGGUCUCGGCCAAACCGGACAGCCUGAGAGAAGUGACGGACGGGAACUGGGAGGACAUCCUGACGGGAGAGUGGAUGAUUGAAUUCUACGCACCCUGGUGUCCGGCGUGUCAGCAGCUGCAGCCGGUGUGGAAGGAGUUUGCGGACUGGGGGGAGGACAUGGGGGUCAACAUAGCCAAGGUGGACGUGACAGAGCAGCCCGGUCUGAGUGGACGAUUCAUCAUCACAUCACUUCCUACUAUUUAUCACUGUAAGGAUGGCGUCUUCCGGAAGUACCAGGGAGCUCGAAGCAAAGACGACUUCCUCAGCUUUGUCGAUGAGCAGAAAUGGAAAGCAGUGGAGCCGGUUUCCUCCUGGUUUGGGCCGUCUUCGUUUUUAAUGAAUUCUAUGUCCGCUUUGUUCAAGCUCUCCAUGUUUAUCCGGCGUUGUCAUAACUACAUGACGGAGCAGCUGGGGAUUCCUGUCUGGGGUUCAUAUGUUAUCUUUGGCCUGACCACUCUGUUCUCUGGCCUGGCUCUGGGUCUGUUACUGGUGUUCAUUGCAGAUUUUGUCUUCCCCUCAAGACGGUUUUCUUCUCCUGAUUACUACCAGAAGAAACAAACGAUGGAGCAGGCGAGGUUGAUCCAGCAACAAGACGAAGACCACGAGGCCGAUGGAGAGGAGGAUGAUGAUGAGGAGGAGGAAGAUGAUGACUCCGACGUGUGGAGGAGGCGGAGAGGGUCCCCCGAGGGCCGCCCAGAACCGAAGGGACAGGCUUUCCCUGACGAAGCUCUGAGGAAGAGGGUGGUGGGAAACCGCGAGGAGGAAGAAGACACUUAGAGAUCCGGCAUGGAGCUUCUUCACUCCUUUCGAUACGAGCGCCGUGGAGUUGGAGGAGCCGUGGUCCUGAGCAGCAGCGUUUAGAGCAGGGAGUCCAAAAAUCUUCCCCCUUCCUCUUCCUCUGGACCCCCCCAGAAACACCUCGCUUUGUUUUCCUCCCCGUCCCUCGAGUUUAACCGGAGCGCUUCAGACUCCCACCACCGCUCUCUCCUCCUGAGCAGCAGGCUCCACCUGGAAAAACGACGACGAAGAAAAAGCACUCCUGACACCUGUUUUCACUCGUGGGAACAAACCGCCUGGCUGGGGUUUAGAUAAGAAGGGGAGUACAGCUGGAUUUUGCAAUGCUGUUUAUGCUAUGCAUUUUUUUUUAGAAGUAUGUGUGUUAUUAUAUUUUUAUCUCAAAAUUAUUAUUAUUAUUAUUAUUAUUAUUAUUAUUAUUAUUCUGAAAAAUGGUUUAUGUCCUCCUUAGUUAAUGCAUACAUACAAGGGUUUUUUUGGGUGCAUACAAACCCUGACAGUUUAAACUUCACACACCAUUAUACUUUGACUCUAUAAAGAAGAGAGGAGUGAAAACAGCUAAAAUGUUAAUUUAGAAAGGUUUCAGUGCUGAGUGUCUUUAUGCUGCACAGUGAGUUUCUGUUGCUGCUUCACAAUCAAAGCCACCCAAUUUAUUGCAAAUUGAAUAUUUUAAAUGCGAAGCAGCCGCAGGAAAUGUUCAGUAGGCAUUAGCUGCAACUUAAUACACUUCUAAAUCAGAAUUAUAUGCUAACUGGCUACUUUAUUAGGUACACCUGUGAAAUCUGAUGGAACAGAUCCAUCUUUAAUUCUACUUUUACAGAGCUUCUACAUGUUCAGUUUUUUCUGAUGUCUAAAAAAAAUCACAAUUUUGCAUUAUGUUUAUUAUUGAAGUUAGAGGGUGAUUUAAUUGACAGCUUUACAAUAAAACAAGUUCUUAAUUAUUUGUCUAAAUCAAUAACAUACACAAGAAGGGCAAAAAUAUUAGAAAGAAAUGUAAUUAUGAUGCAGUCCAUAAAAGCAUAAAGGUGAAUUGUCAUGUUUUUGAGAAUUUUGAAAAAACUAAAUGUAGAGGCUUCAGAAAAGCAGAAUUAGUGACAGGAUUUAUGUAUUUUAUAGCUUUAGAUUUCACAGAUGUACCUACUGAAGUGGCUGGUGAGUGUAAGAGUGGACUGUGACGUUAUUUAUGUCAUGUAUUUGAAGACGGUUUAAAUUCAGCCGCAUGCAAUGAAAUCUUCUGUAUAGUAAAUAUAGUAAAUGCGGAAUAUAGAUAUAUUAAUACUAGCAGGAGACAUUGUGGCUCCUGUAUUGAAUAUCAAUUGGAUCAUUGUAAAUUAAACUUUUUGUAUUUUCUGAAUCCUGUCAGUACAGGUACGUGUGGGGCAGGAACCCCAGACACCAAAUUUUGACUUUGCUGAGCAGAAAAGAAGGCCACGUGUUGUCGAUGCUACUUAUUAAGUAAGGACCUAUAUUAACUCCAAAUAAAAGGCCUGGUGAAUGUUGUUCUGUAGAUACUGUAUGUUCCCGUAAUGUAUCAUCAGUCUGAUAGUCCAACAACGUGACGUUUGGUUUACUUUUUCUGUUUCUAAUGUUUACUUGUGAUUCUCUAAUUAUUAGAACAUGUUUACUUAAAGAACCCAGACAUGCUGUCUCUACAGCACCGUAUAUGCAUGCCGUAAUGCAAUUAAAAAGAGGAACAAUGUGGAGGGUCUCUGGUGGCAUAUCCGUCCCGACGCCGCUGAGCUACAUGGAGCAGCAAAGAGGACAAAAAGAGGCGCGAUUCAGCUGUCAUUUUUAACCACUUUAAAAAUGUCAAACACCUGAGGUUAAUUUAUCUGCAUGGAUGCCAUUUUUUUGUACACCAUUUUCUCAGAGAGCGUAUGAACACUGGCACUUUUAAGAACGUUAACAAUGCCUGUUUCCAUUUCAUUUUUUUAAGGCUAAAAAAGGAGCUCUGUGUGUGAGCAAACAUUUCAUUUCUGUUUUGAUGAGGCUUCUAAUGCCUUGCAUUGACUUUGAUUUAUUUUUAUAUUGCUUUGUAUCCCUAGAAAAGCUAAUUAAUCUUCUCGGUGAUGUUUUUUCUUUUGUAUCAAACCACUAUUUAUGGCUUGUAGCAUUCUCUCUCUUUACCCUGAGCCAGCUGUGCUCCUUAUUGUUUCUUUGAAUAAACGGUUAACUCAGAAAA